UUAGAUGUCAUGCCAUUGGUUGUUUCUUUGGCGACACAUUUAAAAUCCAUUUGUCUACUCUCUUUAGCUACGGAUAUUGUUGAAUCCCUACCGAUGGAUGGUUACAGUUUAUCUAUGCCUGGCCCCCACUCACCGGACUACCAUGCCUCCCCAAUGUCAGAACUCGCCAACUGCUUUACGGGACUCAGCGCCUUUCACACAGGUGACACUCCUCGGAGAUGUCUGGACCUGUCCAACCUCAGCACUGGGAGUGUAGACAAUGCUGCUGCACAGGGAACACCACACAAAGACAAGCCUACUUCUCCAGUGGCCUUGGAAUCUCCUGCACCAAGGAACAAUCGCAUGAAAAAGUUGCAGUCCUUCCCGCCCAGGUUGCUGUGUAGCAGUCCGAAGCUUCACCCCAGUGAACGUCCAUUCAGUAACAAGGAGAAUGUGGCCCCAGGGCAGAGAGUGCAGGGCAAGCCAGAGUGUUUGUUGCCUGCUCCAGAUGGUGAGCCCUGUGCCUUGGGGAGCCCCAUCUUCCCUGUACAUCCCUCCCUAACCCGGCACUCCCCAGGGGAUGCAGAUGGAUUCAUGGAAAUCCUGGAGCAGGAAGCUGAUGAGGGUUCUAUUGCUGUCGCCAUGUCAUGUAGCAUGGCACAAUUGCUGUCUGAACCCCUCAUGAACCAGGAAGUGGAUCUCUCCUCUGUUUCAGUGUGUCGCCAGGGGGGACGACGUCUCUUCCGAUCCCCUUCCAUGCCAGAGCGGUUGGCACGUCCGCUGAAACGCACCUCCACCUCCCCCUCCCCAGCCAACCCCCGGCCACUCAAACGACACUGCACCUUCUCCGCCGUCUCUGAGGAGGUGGGAGAGGGAGACCAAGGGGCUGGAGUCAACAAUGAAAGGAGGGUAAGGCACCUGCAUAAGAGGACCCACUCUCUGUGUGACGUGGAGCAGCAGCUGGGUGGGGAUGGGAUCAAUGCAGAACUCAUUGGAGACUUCAGCAAGGUGCAUGCCCUACCCACUGUGACAGGGAGACAUCAAGGCUUGAAGUACAUCACGGUUCACACAAUGAGUGCUCUUCUGGAAGGGAAGUUCAGCUGCUUGGUUGAGUCUUUUGUCGUGGUGGACUGCCGCUACCCAUAUGAGUAUCAGGGAGGACACAUUAAGGGGGCGCUGAGCCUGCCCAACACAGACAAGGCUGUGGAUCACCUGCUGUCCCAGAGGCUAAAAGCCCACUCUCCUGAUAAGAGGCUUGUGCUAGUGCUGCACUGUGAAUUCUCCUCUGAAAGAGCACCCAGAACGUGUCACCUCCUGCGCAGUGUGGACCGCAGUAUGAACGAGUACCCAGCCCUGCACUACCCUGAGCUCUACAUCCUGAAGGGUGGCUACAGAGACUUCUAUCACUCUCACCAGGAGCACUGUGAGCCCCAGUCCUACUGCCCCAUGCACCACGAGGACCACAGAGAGGAGCUUCUGCGGUGCCGCACACACAGCAGAGCCUCGGCCGAGGAGCGCCGCAGACGCCACCACAUCCAAACUCUCGUCAAACUCAAACUCUGAGGCAGUCGUUGGGGGGAGGAGGCCAGGAGAAGAACAGCCACUCAGACGUACAGCUGAGUCCAAACAGUGACCUAGAGAUUGUCUGUUUAAUUAUCUUAGUCACAAGAACCUACUGUACUAUGUGAUAACAAAUUGACCUUUUUGUUGUGUUUGAUACCUUUCCAAAUAUAAUAUUUUUCAUAUGCUGCCAUGGAAACUAUGCAUAAUGGUGAUGUUCACUGCUGCCUAGUUUUGUCUAUUUUGUUUGGAUGGCCAUGAAUAAUAACAACACUGUCCACUCAUAUUCAUAAAUGCCUGCCAGUUGAACAGGAUGUGUAAUCCACUAAUGUCACUGUAGUAUCUUUUAAUUACAGUAGAGUCCACAGGUUAAUGGCUUUAAUUUUUCAGCUUUUGAAAUUGCUUUAAUGUCAUUUCCACAUUGUAGAGCAGAAAAGGGUGGCAUUAUUUCCAGUGUAAAUCAUGGAUGUAUAUUUGUAUUAUUAUUGGGAAUGGGAAUCAUGACUUUAUUUUAACUGUUAUGAAUAACACUGUUUUUUUUUUUUACCAGAGUGAAUGGCCUUGGAGUUUAGGUUGAAUAUUUGUUAAAUAACUCAGUUUUAAUGUUUUGAUUUGUCAGGUAGUUGCAAAUGAAUUGCUGCAUUAACGAUGAGAUGUAUAAUUAAAAAACACAACAAAAUGUAACUAUUUGAAUGGGUAUCAUAUGAAAUGGUCCCUUGACAGUAGAAAUCAAAACAUAAUGAAGGAGAAAAAUCUUGAGUGGUAUUUUUGAAGAGGCUUUGUUGUGUGAAUAUGCUUAGUCCUGAUCCCUCCCUGCCAGUGCUGCAGGUGUGUCUAGUUUGCAGCUGUGAUUCCUCCUCCAACACAGCUGGGUUAACUCUAUGCCCCUCUGUUAAAAAAGUCCCUCCCCCUCUUCUCUGCACAGCAGCUGUAAUGCGGAACUGUGGGAUUUCACAGGCCCCAGAAAGUGGGAUCCGGCUAUGCUGAAAGGGGAUAGGGUGGGAAUGGCU